AUCCACGUCCUUUAAUCACUAUCCAUCUUCAUCUCCCUGCUUCUACAUCAUGGGACUCUCUGGCAAGACUCUGCAGACAGCCCAGCUUUUGCUGGUUGUGCUGCCAGCCUUUGUGUUGUUUGGAUACAACCAAUCCGGUGUCGGCGGUCUCCUCUCUCUACGGGACUGGAACGAUCACUUCCCAGCCAUCAACACAAUCGAUUUCAAGGGAGCCGUCAAGGCAAACCACUCCACCAAACAGGGCGCUGUCGUUGCUACCUUUACCAUCGGUGCCCUCUUCGGUGCUCUGUCCUGUUCCUGGAUCGGCGAUAUUCUCGGCCGCCGCAAACUCAUCUUCGGCGCUGCUUUCCUAACCCUCGUUGGCGAGAUUCUGCAAUGCACCAGCUUCCAGCUUGUUCAAUUCAUCAUCGGCCGCUUUGUUCUGGGGUGGGGAGUUGGUGCUCUGAGCGCUACCGUUCCCGUCUGGCAGUCCGAGUGCUCGUCGUCUGCCAACCGUGGUAAGCACGUCGUCCUGGACGGCUGCUUCAUCUCUCUGGGCUACCUCCUUGAGGCCUGGAUCAAUCUCGGAUUCUUCGAGCAAAAGAACCUCCCCCUACAAUGGCGCAUUCCCCUCGCCAUCCCGACUGUCAUCUCCCUCGUCCCCAUGAUCUGUGUCUUCUUGAUUCCAGAGUCACCUCGAUGGCUAGUCAACAAGGGGCGUGUUGAGGAGGCCCGCGCCAGUCUGUCAAGCUUCAAGGGCCUAGACAUUGCCGACCCAGAGGUCAGUGCCGAGAUCUCCGGUAUCGAGUUUGCGCUCGAGGAGACAGGUCGCAGCGCAGCAAAGAUGAGCGACAUCUUCACCAUGGGCAAGGACAAGCUGUUCUAUCGAUUUUCACUGUGUAUCUUCCUCCAGUUCUUGCAGCAAAUGUGUGGAAGCAACCUCAUUUCUACAUACUCGACUAUCAUCUUCCAGCAAGGCCUUGGCCUCAACUCUGAGACUUCCCGCAUUCUUUCUGGUGGCGCUCUGACUUGGAAGUUCCUCUCCUGCUUUGUCGCCUUCUUCACCAUUGACCGGUUCGGACGCCGAAAGCUCUUCAUGUUCAGCGGUGCCGGUAUGGCAUCUUGCAUGCUGGCUCUCGCUAUAGCGUCCAGCUUUCCCAAGUCGAACAGCUCAGCACAGAUUGCAUCAGCACUAUUCGUCUUCUUGUUCAACUUCUUCAUCCCAAUCGGCUUCCUUGGUGCCAAUUUCCUAUACUGCACAGAAGUUGCACCAACGCGCCUUCGUGUCCCCAUGUCGGGAAUCUCCACCGCUGUAAGCUCCCUCUUUACCCCUCACACAAAUCCAUUACUAAUCAUUUCUCAGAACCACUGGCUUUGGAACUUUGUUGUAAACAUGGUCACCCCUGUCGCGAUCGACACAAUUGGUUGGCAAUACUACCUCGUCUUCCUCUGCAUCUCGGCUCUCAUCUUGCCUGUUGUCUUCCUGUUCUACCCUGAGACCAUGGGUCGCAGUCUGGAGGAGCUCGAGGUCAUGUUCACCGAGGGCAAGUCUAUCACCGCCAUCGUUCGCAUGUCGCGUCAACCUUUCACCAGCGAAGGUUUCACUACACACAUGAUUGAAAAGCACAGCAAAGAAGUGGAUGAGGAGGAAUACUUACGAUGA